AUGGGAACAAGUCGAUCCAACAGGUACAGCAUCGUGUUAGACAUUUUACCCGAGGAGGAACGCCAAACGAUCUCGAGCCUAGGACUCCACAACGGCCACAGGUCCCCUGACCUCAGACUGCACUCAGCCUGCGACGCAGAAACAGAGGACAGUCAGAGGGGAUCAGGAGUGUCCACUGCCAGGCCCAGCACAAGUGCUGAAGGAGGGAUGAACAACUACAACAUACAACUGACAAGUGGCUCCAACCAAUUGCGGAGCCGGUUUGUAAGGAAAAAUGGACAAUGCAAUGUUUUAUUCACCAACUUGGAAGAAAAGAGGCAGCGCUACUUGGCUGAUAUCUUCACCACCUGUGUGGACCUCCCCUGGAGAUAUCUGCUGCUUUUAUUCUGUACCAGCUUCUUAGUGUCUUGGCUUUUCUUUGGUGUCAUCUUUUACACUGUUUCCUUGGCACAUGGAGACUUUGAGAAGCAUCCAACGAUGAAUCAAACAACCAUAGGGCAGCCGAAAAGAAUUCCGUGCAUUCUUCGUGUCCAGGGAUUUGUUGGGGCACUUCUGUUCUCCAUAGAGACCCAGACUACUAUUGGUUACGGCUGGCGCUGUGUCACAGAGGAGUGCCCUGUUGCAGUGAUAACAGUGGUGGUCCAAUCCAUUGUAGGCUGUAUCAUUGAGUCUUUCAUGAUUGGCACUAUCAUGGCCAAGAUGGCACGGCCAAAGAAGAGGAAUCAGACCUUAAUGUUCUCCAAAAAUGCUGUCAUAUCUUUGCGCGAUGGUAAGCUAUGCCUUAUGUGGAGGGUGGGCAACCUGCGGAAGAGCCACAUUGUGGAGGCUCAUGUUCGUGCCCAGCUCAUACGCUCAGAUGUCACAUCUGAGGGUGAAUUUAUCCCCUGUAAUCAGAUGGACCUCAAUGUGGGCUAUGAGGCAGGCAAAGACAGGCUGUUCCUAGUGUCUCCACUGGUUAUAGUCCAUGAGAUAGAUAAAGAUAGCCCCUUGUAUACGUUAAGUCGAGUGAAUUUAGAGACAGAUAACUUUGAGAUUGUUGUGAUUCUGGAGGGAAUGGUGGAGGCCACAGCCAUGACCACGCAGUUCCGUAGCUCCUAUCUUGCAAGUGAGAUUUUAUGGGGUCACAGAUUUGAGCCUGUGAUCUAUGAGGACCGACACUGCUACAAGCUAGACUAUGCUCGCUUCCAUAAGACCUAUGAGGUGACGUCCAUGCCUCAAGUCAGCGCCAAAGAGCUUGACGAGGCUGUGAGCCGGGCCUCGUCUGCUGCUUCUCCCAUCUCUGCAUACAGAUCCACACAAGACUUGAUUCCCAAGUCGGUGAUCCCUUUCUGUUAUGAGAAUGUCGCGCUGAGCUGUGGGGAGGAAGGGGACGCUUCUCAGAUUGUAGGGAGAGAAAGGUCAGAGGAAAGGCGGACAUCACUUCCGUAGACUUCCAACAAAUGUUCCAGGACACUGCAACCUUGACAUCAAGCAGUCAAGG